AUGGAAAAAUCAUCUAUUCAAUUGAAUGAUUUACCUGAUGAAAUUCUUUUGAUUAUUUUUAAAAACUUAAACAAUAUUAACCUACUUUAUUCUCUCAUCGGCGUUAAUAAACGACUUAAUAAAAUUGUAUAUGAUUCUAUGUUUACUAAAAGUUUAAAAUUAUUCAAUUACUCAUCAUAUGAUUAUAUUCAUCCAUUACCUGAUUUAAUGCUUGAUCGAUUUUGUUUACAGAUCUUACGUGAUAUUCAUCAUAAUAUCAAAUGGCUUGAACUUGAAUCUUCAUCUAUGAAACGUGUUUUUCUUUCUGCAAAUUAUCCGAAUUUAUUUGGACUUAAUGAAACUUCUUUAAUGCAUAAAUACAAACAUCAAAUCUCAUCACUCAUGAUUAAAACUAUUAACAAACAAGAUAUAUCAGUAGAUAUAGAUACAUUGAUAUUCACACAUAUCUUUAAUAUGUUCACCAAUUUACAAUAUUUAAAUUUGAAUCCAUUUCUCUGUGAUCAACGAACAUCAUUCGUGUAUUCGCCUUUAACUGUGUUCUCGUCAACUUUAUUAGAAUUACAUGUCAAAGUAAACUUUAUUAAUGAUUGUCUUUAUUUACUUGAUGGUUGUUUCAAUCAACUUCGAACGUUCUGUGUUGAUAUAGUAUUUUCAAUUCCUCGUUCGCCUAUAAAAAUAAAUAAAGAAAAACUACCAAGUUUACGAUGUUUUUCGUUGUAUUAUCUUUCGAACAUACGUUUCUAUGAUACAAUAAUUAUACCACUCUUACAUCGAAUGUCAAAUUUAGAACAACUUAGUUUGUAUUUGUCGGUUAAUCGUAAUAAUGGAUUUGUUGAUGGAGUUGAUUUGCAGCAAAAUAUUAUUAAUUAUUUGCCGCGAUUAAAUCAAUUUCGGUUUAAGAUUCGUUCAACUAUAUUGUUAAACGAUCAAACUGAUUUACUAUCAAAUGAAGAUAUCCAACAUACAUUCAAAGAUUUUUCAAAUAGUCAAAUUAUUUCUUGUGCCAAUUAUUUUCUAGAAUCAAACAAAGGUCAAUGUCAUAUUUAUUCAUGUCCAUUUACAAUCAGAAGUUAUGAAAAUAUCGCAAAUAAUUUUCCAGGUGGAUUAUUUACAUGUGUUUGUAAUGUGUCAUUAUUUGAUGAACGUCCUUUUGAACAUGAAUUUUUUCUUCGAAUUGCUCAAUCAUUUCCAUUUAUAAAAAAAUUAUCUAUAAAUAAUCGAAAAGCACAAAAGAAUAAACAAAAUAGAAAAUUAAAAAAUAACAAUCAAGAUUUAUUAAUUAUUGAAUAUCCUUAUCUUAAGUGGCUUGGUUUUGAUGAGGCUCAUGAUGAUUAUGUGGAACAAUUUCUUCUUGGUACCAAAACAUGUUUACCGUCUAAUGUUGAUCUUUUAAUCGAUUAUAAACCUUUAAAAAGAGUGACACACAAUUUUAGGCGAAAAACAACACAAAAUAAUUGUGCAAAAGUGAGAUAUAGAUGUUGGGAGAAAAUUUCUCGAUUUCCAAAACAUUUCAAAGAUUAUUUUCUUGAGACGACAAAUGUAUGA